AUGCUUCUUACUCUGAUUCCUUUUUUUUCUAUUGGGCGUUUAUUUCUUUUUAAUCUCGCCGCUUUCUCUUCUUUUGUCUAUAUUCUUUUCCAUUUUACCCCAACUUACAAAACUUUUUCUUCCUCCUCUUCAUUCAUUUUUACCUCAUUAUGUAUUUCUCCCAGCUACUUUCUAAUCUAUCUUCUUCCUCUUCUUUUCUUUGUCCUAAUCUAUCUUCCUCUUUUUUGUCUUUCUCCUUCCUCCUCUUACCUCACAUCUAAAUCUUUUUCUUCCUCCUCUUCAUUCAUUUUUACCUCAUUAUGUAUUUCUCCCAGCUCCUUUCUAAUCUAUCUUCUUCCUCUUCUUUUGUCUUUCUUUUUACCAAACUUCCAAAUCUUUUUCUUCUUCCUCUUCAUUUUAAGCAAUGAAGCAAACACCAUUCAUUUUUGCCUCUGUCCAUCUCUAACGUUUUUUCCUUCCCUCUUCUUAUUCUCUUUUUUCUUUUCCUCUUUUUCAUUCUUCUCUUUCCUCAUUUUUCUCACCCGACUUUGCUUUUCACUUAUUUCUCUAUCACAUUCCUCUUUCUCAUCUGACCCUUUUUUCCUUCUCUAUUUCUCUUACUCCUAA